AUUGUGUACACAAAACAAAUUUAUUUAGUGUUAAAUUUUAUAGAAAUUCAAUCAAAAUUUUUCGAUUUAAAAUAAAUUUAAAUGUCUAGUCCACAUGAUGAGCUAUGUCCGCCACCCGAUGAUGAUGAGUUGACCCUUCCAAGGGCUAGUAUUAAUAAAAUAAUUAAAGAAUUGGUUCCAUCUGUGCGUGUGGCAAAUGAAAGUCGUGAGUUAAUUCUUAACUGUUGUACGGAGUUUAUCCACUUAAUAUCAUCUGAAGCUAAUGAGGUAUGCAAUCAGAGAAACAAAAAGACAAUAAAUGCAGAACAUGUUUUAGAAGCUUUGGAUAGAUUAGGCUUUCGUGACUAUAAAACAGAAGCGGAAGCGGUUUUAAAUGACUGUAAAGAAGUAGCUGCAAAACGUCGAAGACAGAGUACUAGGUUGGAACACCUAGGAAUACCUGAAGAAGAAUUGCUAAGACAACAGCAAGAAUUAUUUGCUAAAGCUCGAGAAGAACAACAAGCAGCUGAUAUGGCACAAUGGUCAUCAAUACAAGCUGCAACAGUCCAACAAAGUGCCGAAAUGAUACAAAAGCAACUCGCUUUACAAAAUGAGGAUAGUGAUGAAGAUGAAUAUUAAAAAGAAUACUAUAGGUUAUAUUUGUUUUAAUAAAAUACAUAUAGGUACUCAAAAAUAUUUUAAACAGCUAAA